AUGUGUUACUGUUUUGUUUCCCCUCUCCUAACAGCAGGAGAAAAACUGAGUGGCGUACAGUUGAGUCCCAGUAACCAACAAGAGAUGAAGGAUAAUGUGGAGAGAUUGCUACAGUCUGUAGCUUCCAAAAAGAUUCGCAUGCAUCAGACUUCAGCUAAAGAUAUUGUGGAAGGAAACCUGAAGUCCAUCAUGAGGCUGGUCCUCGCCUUGGCAGCUCAUUUUAAACCUGGCUCGAGCAGGACGGUGAGCCAGGGGUGCGACUCCAGAGUCCCUGCACAGAGUCAACAAUCACACUGUGCUAAGGCUGUGGCCCAAGGAGCAGCUGCCGCUCUGGCUGAUGUGUGCCGUGAUGUGUCUCGGUCAGGACAGGAUGUCUUCUGGUAUAGACAGAGGAAUAGCACCAUGGAUGAGGAAAUUGAGAACCCAUACUGGAGCGUUCGAGCACUUGUGCAGCAAUACGAAGGACAGCAGCGGUCCCCAUCUGAGUCUAGCUGUUGCAGCUCCCCACAAACUGGUGUGUGUGUGGAGCUUACUGCUAGAGGGCUUGUCUUGCUGGAGGCCCUGGGUUCAGACCCUAGUGUUGAAAAACAAAGAGCACCUAACCUCUUUUGCUUCCCUCAGUUUAUCUUUGGCAUUCAAGGACUAGCUCUCAGCACAGCCUGUGAAAAUCUAUUGUAUCCUGGAAAGCUCCUGGAAUCCAGUGAUGCCACCAGUGAUGUUGCAAUACCAGCUGCCCUUAGGCCAUUCCUUCAGUGCCUGUAG